ACUCAAGCUUAUUUUUGAAAAGAGAGUACUCAAGCAAGAGUUAGCCAAAAUUUAUAAGCUUGUUUUGUGAAACAUCAAUCAAUUGUUGUAUCCAUACCGUCUAUUACUCUUUGAGGAACGAUAUCGGAAUUAGAGGAUCACAAAAUCUUAUUCUUACAUAUCAUUAGCAUCAAUCUUAAUCAACUUCAAGAGCUGGAGAAUUCAAGUUCUCCCAACGCCGGUGAGCACAUGAGCUCGGAGCUGGAAGAAACACUCUCAGAUUCAAGAUCAUCGAAAGCUCGAAGGUUACAAAAAGCCACCAGCAUCGAACUCAGAAAUCUUUUCCGGUUGGCAAUUCCGGCCAUCAUUGUUUACUUGUUAAACAAUGUUACUUCCAUGUCUACUCAGAUUUUUUGUGGGCAUCUUGGUACUCUCCAGCUCGCUGCUGCUUCCCUCGGCAAUAAUGGCAUCCAAGUCUUGGCCUAUGGAGUCAUGCUUGGAAUGGGAAGCGCGGUAGAGACACUAUGUGGACAAGCUUAUGGAGCAAACAAGUACGAAAUGCUUGGAAUAUAUCUUCAAAGGUCAACUAUUCUUCUCAUGUUGGCAGGACUACCACUUUUACUGCUCUACAUAUUCUCCAAACAAAUCUUACUCUUAUUAGGAGAAUCAAAGUCUGUGGCUUCCGCCUCCGCCCUCUUUGUCUACGGUUUAAUCCCGCAAAUUUUCGCUUAUGCUGCGAUUUUUCCGAUACAGAAAUUCUUGCAAUCCCAAAGCAUUGUAAGCCCUAGUGCAUAUAUAUCAGGAGUAACGCUAGUUUCACACAUCGCCCUAACAUGGGUGAUAUUGUAUGUGUUGGGCUGGGGAUUGCUGGGCGCGGCUCUCGUGUUGAGCUUUUCGUGGUGGAUCAUAGUGGUCGCGCAGUUUGUGUACAUAUUGAAGAGCAAGCGGUGCGAGAAGACGUGGAGAGGGUUCAGCCUUAGUGCAUUCUCAGGGUUGUGGAAUUUCUUCAAGCUCUCUAUUGCAUCUGGUGUGAUGUUGUGUUUGGAGAUGUGGUACUUCCAGAUUCUGGUCUUGAUUGCGGGUUUGCUUCCUAAUCCUGAGGUUGCCUUGGAUUCUCUCGCCAUUUGUUCAACAGUUCUAGGAUGGGUGUGCAUGAUAUCUAUUGGUUUCAACGCUGCAGCAAGUGUUCGAGUGAGCAAUGAACUAGGGGCUGGGCAUCCCAAAUCGGCUUCAUUUUCGGUAAAAGUGGUGACUCUAAGUUCUUUCCUAAUAUCGGCGGCGCUUGGGGUUAUAGUCAUCAUCUUACGCCACAAGAUUAGCUACGUCUUCACCGGCAGUAAGACCAUAGCCAAAGCAGUCUCUGAUCUUGCCCCUCUUUUGUCCAUUUCUAUUCUGCUCAGUGGCAUUCAACCUGUGCUUACGGGGGUGGCUGUUGGGUGUGGAUGGCAAAAAUUUGUAGCCUACGUGAAUGUGGGGUGCUACUAUGUUGUCGGUAUUCCCGUCGGUUCUCUGCUUGGUUUCAAAUUUCGACUUGGAGCUAAGGGAAUUUGGCUGGGGAUGCUUGGAGGAACAACCAUGCAGACCAUUAUCUUGUUGUGGGUCACGUUACGCACUAAUUGGGAUUUAGAGGUUGAAGCAGCCAAAACCCGAUUGAACAAGUGGCAAGAUAAGGGCGGGAUUGUUGAAUGAUUAACAGACGGAUUUGUAAGUGAGGUAAGAGUCAAUUGGUUCUCGAAAUUGCAUAAAAAGGGUCAAAUAAGUUCUUACUGUCCGGCCGUCGCCAUUAAGGGAGGUUUCCGGUGAAACUUUUUGAUGAAAUUUUUUGAGCAUCUUAUUCAUUAAGUCUAGUUUGCUCAUACCAAAUUUCAGCUAAAACUUCAAUAGGGAAGGCAUUCAAAUGAAGUCUUGAAGGUAAAUGCGCUUUUAAUUGCACAGUUAUCUUCAAGACUUCAUUUGAAUGCCUUCCCGAUUGAAGUUUUAGCUGAAAUUUGGUAUGAGUAAACUAGACUUAAUGAAUAAGAUGCUCAAAAAAUGUGAUCAAAAAAUUUCUCCAGGAACCACCCCGAAUGACAAUGGCCGGACCAAGCCUCCUAUAUAAGGACUUAUUUGACCCUUUUUAUGCAACUUCGAAGACCAAUCUGACCCUUACCUCAUUUGUAAAUGUUCACUCUUUCCAUAAUAAGGGUAGUGACACUACUACAUUUAGAAGCCUUUUGUAACGGUCAAUUUCGUUACUAUUGGUCAAUAACUCCGUUACAUUUUCCUAAAUGUAACAGUUUUGUGUCAUUACAUUCGCUUGUGUUGCCUUUUCUCGAAUGUAACACUAUGUAACGAUUUUUAGAACCAAAUGUAAUGGUCUUCUUAACCAACCGAAAGUGUUCCCACAAAUUGAGUGCAUUUGUAACGGUCCUUAACCAACCCAAAUGUAACACCUGCGGAACAUUAUUAGCUAACUCAUGUCAUAUUUC